AUGGAAGCAUGGUUUCGAGAAAAUAUCAUCAAACACAAAGUGGUGAUUGACACGGAUAGAGCAAAUGAGGUUAAAUGGUCGCGGGAUAACAGUAUCUUCGCUGAUGUUCUCCUUCGAGCUGACGAAGAUGACAGCGAAAAUGAAGAGUCGCAAGAAACCAAAAAGUGUGAAAAUGGGAGUCUUGAGGGCGCCGGCAGUGGUAUACCCAUUGGAGGCUUCUCACGGCUAUCCCUUGAUACCCCCAUGAAGAAACCAAAAAGGAAAUCGGUUCUUUUUCCAGCUCAUCGAGCGAUGCUUCUACGUUCGGAGUUUUUCUCGCUCAUGUUUUCUUCCAGCUUCCGUGAGGCUCAAGUUACGGACUAUUUGCAAAUAAUACCAAUCGACUGUUCACCAGACGUGUUGGAUAUAGUUCUCACUUUCUUAUAUACGGAAAAAGCGGACUUCCCUCUUGAAGUUGCAGUUGAUGUUCUGUUCGCUGCGGAUCUGUUACUGAUCGAACGGCUAAAAACAAAGGCAGCCGUCCUCAUUAGCAUAUUGGGAAGCGGAAAUAUCACAUCUCUGAGUUCAAAGCCAUCAGCGGAUACAAAAGAAUCAUCACCAACGAAAGAAGGGAAAGGAGCAAAAGGAAGCGACGAAAUAAUCGAUGUCUAUGAAAUCCUCCGUGCAGCUUGGCUGAUGCGCAUCCAACGACUUGAGGAGUUCGCCGCCCGAUACUUCGCUUAUAGGCUAGAGGCACACAUCAACAACCCUGAGUUCGCACAGCUAGUGAAGGAAUCAGCCGAGCGUAUCCAAAAACGACAAGAAACCGAUUCCAUCGAGUUGGUAGAUGACAUCCGCUACUAUCUCUCCGAACGGUUUAGACUACGUUUCGAGGAUUCUGGUAUAGAUAUCUUGAACUCCGAGGACAAUCCAAACGAAGGCGACCCGGCGGGAAACACCAACACAUCUUCAAACUCUUCCCCUGAAACAACUAGCAACGGCAAUGCCAUAUCGCCCACCCCUUUGUCGCCUCCACCUUCGUCGUUUAACAGAAAGCCUAGUGAUGUUGACUCUGCUAGGGAACAGCAAGGGGACACUCACAACAUCGUCAAUGCAGGACCUCCGAAGACCAAUGGAAAGAGUGAACAAAGUCAUGCAAGCGGUGUCAUUCGGACUUUAGAUGGCCGGGAAGCUGGAGAUGAAUUCUCUAGAGACGCUAUUGAUUAUGAGCUUCUCUUGAACAAAUUGGACCAGCUACUUGAAAAACUAGGCUUGGAUGCCUAA